UAAAUUCACUCUAUUACUUAUCAAUGUUUCACUUAGAGGAUGUUUGGUUUGUUGGAUUCCGAAUGACAAAUCUUCCCCUCUUCAACCCUAGAGAUUAGAACACCCACCCCCAUAACGAAAUAACGAUUUCUCUCAAAACUCAAACAUCGAUCUCGUUCGAUCUCACCCUACUGAAUUUUGUGCAAGAAAAGAGGGAAAUUGAUCUGAAGCAAAAGGAUGGGAUCUGGUGAGGCUUUGAAAGCUGUGAAGGUUUAUAGAGAGCUAAUGAAAGCAGUGAAGAAACACGUUGGGAAGGAAGAGCGUAAAGCCCAUUUCAGAGACUUGAUAAAGUCAGAGUUCAAGAAAAAUGGUAAUGGUGAUGGGUUAGAGCAAAAAGUAAAACUCGCUCAUGAUUAUACUUAUCUUUUAAACAGUGUCCAUCAUCACCAGGAGUUGCUAUUUUCUUACAACAUUGCAGUAGAUAGAUCAGAUGAAAUGAAGAAAAUACUUGGAAAAUCUGCUGCAAGUGUUGGUCUCCAGCUUCCUGAUGUUUAUCGGCCUUGAAAAUUGCUAGGGAAAGAAGAUGAAUAUGGUUUUGAAUGUCUGUGAAGCAUCAACAUUGUGAUAAAACUCCUUUUUCCCCCUUCAUUUUGGUGAUGCUACAAGAGUCUUGACUUCAAGUAACUCCCAAAGGCAUGUAGCUAAGUUCUCAAAGGGACGGAGUGUCUUUGCUCAAAUACGUAAUAAGUUCUCAAAGGGACAGAGCGACUUUGCUCAAAUACGCAACAAGUUCAAGUUUGGAUCAUGCAGGAGACCUGUUUGAACCUGUCACUAGCCUCAACCGUGGCUGAGUCAACUAUGAAAUGACUUCUUAGAUGUUUAACUAAUUAUAUAAAUAUAAACAGGUUGGACGGGCUUUUUCGAAUCCUUUUGCAUUGCCAAUACCCCUCCAUUAAUAUUAAUGUUCACAAUCCC